AUGUCCAGCAGCGCGGGUGACGAGCGCCGACGAAGCAGCCUCGGUGCCACGACGCCGAGCACGGGCGCCCGCUUCCUGAGCCCACUCAAGCGCAAGCAUUCUCUUGAUAGCGGUCUCGGGUGCUCUCGCCGCCAGCGCAGCCGCCUCGUACCCGCCAAGGCCCGCGCCGCAGGCUCUGCGAGCCCCGACGUGCGCCGAAGCAAGAGCACGAGCUACGUUGUUGACGUGCAGACGCAAAUACUGGCUUCGACGCCACCUCCACGAGGCAAAAGCACCGUCAACGAUACCAAUUCGACCCGGAUCAAGUCUGCCCGUGAGGACGAUCAGCGCAAUGCGACGCGCCACAGCACACCACCCUCACUUGGACGACCCCCUCGAAUCCCAUCUGAGAACGCCGUCGAUGCAGUGAGCGCAUGCGGCGCCUCCCAAGAUGAACCCGUGGACCUGUCGAUGCUGUCCAGCGACAGCGACAGCUCGGACGAAGGGGUACCACCGCCUGGUCCAAAGAGCGAAUACGUACCAUCGAGCCCCGCGACAAGCGCGUCCGACACUGCGUGGCCGCCCGAGCCAGCUCCGACGUCGUUGAACAUGCUGCGGCAAGCCGACGUGGAGCAGAUCGCAUCGCUCCUCACAUCGAGCACGGACGUCGGUUUGAUCGUGGACUAUCUCCACAGUCUCAUGAAGAAAACGCUGGCGCUCUCGGACCGCUACGCGCUGGACAUGUGCCGGAAGUACCACGAGUCCAUCGUCCGCCUCCAACAUGUGGACGGCUACGAGCGCCUUCGCGCGGCCAUGCAUGCGCUUCUGGUCGAGAUGCACCGGCAAUGGGCCAUCCUCACGGACACGACGUGCUCCGUGUAACCCGCCUCUACGUUUUCCAUAUUCUAUC